AUGAAGGGGCUUAUGCUCUGUCUCCUUGCAGCCUUGGCUGCAUGCCAGAGCACCACUUAUGAGCCAACCCUGAGCCCUAAAAAAGCCUACGAGUAUAAAUAUGAAGGAGUCAUUAAUAUUGGACGAGAGAUGCCAGAUUUGGCUGAGGCCGGAGUGAAAAUUUCCUGUACCUUUAAAAUCAAAGGAAUGUCGGCAGAAACGUUUCUUCUCCAGAUCUCAGAUUUGGCCUUUGCGGAGUUCAAUGGUGUACCUGGGAAGAGCACAUUCAACGUUUCUCCUGCUCUCACCAAAAGGUUGGCUGCUGAGCUGACCAAACCCUUCAUAUUUCAGUUUGUUAAAGGAAAAGUAAUUGAUAUUCGUGCCCCAGCUGAUGUCCCUGACACAAUAGUCAACAUCGUAAGAGGAAUUCUCGGGUUUCUGCAAAUCACUAUCAAGGCCAGCCAAAGAAUUUAUGAAAUCGUGGAGCUUGGAGUUCAUGGUGUAUGCCCAAGCACCUAUGCUAUUGAGGAGAUUGCAAACUCCAAGGACUUACUGGUAACCCAAGUUGUGGAUAUCAAUAACUGUAAGGAGAAAGCUGCCUUGACCACAGGAAUAGCACUUGCUGUGCCAAAUAAAAUCAGCAAGCAGAGAGGUGACAAUACUGUUGCUAUCAUGAAGUCCAGCUACACAGUGAAAUCAACAGAACAUGGAGGCUUGAUUACAAAGGCUUAUACCAUGGAACACCAAUACUUCUCUCCAUUCAAUGUGAAGGGAGGGAGCAGCAAGAUGCGUGCAAUACGAGACAUUGAGCUUAUCCGAGUAACGGACACCUCUGAAACCCAUUUCACUGGACAUGUGCAGAGCAAGGGGGAUUUGGUUUACAAGUUUGGGACGGAGCUGAAGCAAAUUCCACUACUGUUGAGGAAAGUCGACAAUCCAGUUCCCAAGAUUGCAGAAUUGAUCCAACGCAUGGCUAAAGCCAACAGUUAUCAGGUUGACACCGCAACAACUGAAGACGGUCUCGAGCUGUGCCUUCUGCUCCGUAUGACAACACUCAAUGAUCUGGAAGAUCUUUGGAAGCAGCUUGCAGGAAAUGAUGAGCACAGGAGGUGGUUUUUGGAUUCCAUCAUUGAAGUAACAGACGAGCGGGUCAUUAAAUUCCUCUUAAACAGAUUUAGAGCUGGAGUUCUGAGUCCAAAUGAGGCUGGUCAGACUUUACUGAUGGCGAUAAACCACUUAACUGUUAGCACCACGCUAGUCGAAAUGGCUCAGGAGUUUCUGACAAUACCGUUCAGCAGGUCACACCCGAUACUGUGGAACACUGUUGCUUUGGCAUAUGGUUCUUUGGUAUACAAACUGUGCGCCUACGUUGAGUCAUGCCCCGUGCCCGCAGUACAGCCGCUGCUUGAUAUGGCUGCAAACGGGCUUGCCAAAAACAGUAUGGACGACAUGGUUAUCGCUCUAAAGGCCAUUGGAAAUGCAGGCCAUCCUUCAAGUAUCAAGACUAUUAUUAAGUUCCUCCCUGGUAUCUCUCCUCAAGCUGAUAACCUUCCCACCAGGGUGCACAGCGCUGCUGUUCAGUCCCUACGCCACAUUGCUCAGAGAGAGCCCGUCAAAGUUCAGGACAUUGUUCUUAGUCUUUUUGUGCAAAAGAACCUACCUUCUGAAAUACGUAUACUGGCCUUUAUGAUACUUAUGGAGACUAAACCGUCACUAGCAUUGGUAUCAACAGUCACAGCCUUCCUGCUGAGGGAAACUGAUGUCCAAGUGGCCAGUUUCUCUUUCUCAUUCGUAAAAGGACUUGCAAAGUCUCGUACCCCGGACAACCACUACCUGUCUACAGCUUGUAACUUCGCAUUGAGGAUUCUUGAGCCAAAAUUGGGUCGUCUUGGUUUCCUUAACAGCAAGGCGAUUUAUAUGGACUGGUUCAGAGAUGAGUUUUUGGUUGGAACAUCCACUGAAUUCUACAUGUUAAGAAAUGCUGCAGAAGUUAUUCCAACAGCAGUCAUGACCAAAGGGAGAUUUCAUUUUAUCGGAAGAAUAUUGCAACUUCUUGAGGUCGGAUUCCGAGCAGAGGGACUCAAAGACUUGUUCACUCAGGUUGUUGGUGACAAGGAAAUUUCUGGUGCUGAUGCCAGAUCCAUCAUGAAAAUACUUACAUAUCUGCAAUCAAUCCCAAAAGAUAAGACUCUCAUAUCUGCAUAUUCAAGGGCUUUUGGACAAGAAUGGUUUUAUGCAGAUUUAAACAGAGACGUCCUUCAGAGUAUCAUUAAGGCAUUCAGUCCUUCAGCUGGAAAAGAAAGCCCUGUCUGGAAAAUGAUUGAAGAUCUUGGGAAAGGCCUAGCAUGGCACUGGACAAAACCGUUAUUUGUGUUUGAAACCAGGUUCAUUCAGGCAACAUGUCUUGGUCUACCAGUCGAAAUCAGCAAAUAUUACUUCACAGUAACAGCAAUCACAAAUAAUGCUAAAGUUGCCAUCAAUCCACCGAUGAAGGAACAUCUACGAGAACUUCUCACCUCAGAGGUUACCGUGGAGACAGAUGGAUACAUUGGAGUAACAAAGGAUCAUUUUGUCUUUCAUGGGAUAAAUACAAAUUUUUUUCAGUGCGGGGCUGAGUUUAAGAGCAAGACCAACAUCGGUUUUCCAUGGAAAUUUACACUGAAAACAGAUGUGAAAGAAAACAAGUAUUCAAUUGCUCUGCCUCCCUGCAAGCAAAAAACUGAAUUUUUUUCUGUCAAUUUUGAUGUGUAUGCCGUGUCAAGAAAUAUCGAAGAGCCAGCGUCUGACAAAAUGACUCCAAUGAUACCAGAACCUAAAGUAACUGAUCAAAAUUUGCAAUUUUCCAAACAAGCUAAAUUCACUACUUAACUGAAAGCAGUUGGAAGCUUAGAGAUAUAUCAUCCAAAAUCAAAGAUGUGUGCUGUAGCAAACCUGUAUGGCACCGCAAUGUGCGUUGAAGCCGAAGCCAAAAGAGUCCAUUACGCUGUCGAAUAUCCUCUAUUCUAUUUCUUAGGAUACAGUCAUUUUGCUUAUCGUUUAGAACCAGUAAAGACUGAUAAACCUGUGGAGAGAAUCCUCUUUGAGCUCAACAUGGGCACACGCAGGCACUUACCAAAUUUUGAAAAAAUGGCGGAUAUCAUAAAAAAGAUAUUUGAGUGUGAGCACUUCUGUAUUGAGACCGUAUGUUUGGAUUGCUACCUCCCCCAGUCUUUCUUUCUGUUCUCAUUUCAGAUCUUUAAUUCCGCUCCUGAUCGUAUGUUCAUGAUGAAAGCAUUGGCUUUUAUGACUGGCGCUAAACCGGAAGGGUAUGAGGGCACCGCGUAUUUUAUCCCAGCUGCCCAGAAAAACGAGAUGGAGCUGGUUGUCUCUCAGGUCGGUGAGGAGGCCAACUGGAAAAUGUGCACAGAUGCAAACUUGGAUAAGACUCUGAAGGAUGCAAUGGUGCGUUUGAAGUGGGGGGCAGAGUGCCAGUCCUAUGACGUAACUGUCAGAGCUUCCAGGACAGAAGAGUCUGCAGCUAAUCCCUCCAUUUUCGCCAAGCUCAACUGGGGAAAUGUUCCAAAGUACUUAAAUAACCUUGGCAAGAGUAUUGAAGAGUACAUUCCCGGUAUAUCAUUCCUUCUCGGCUUCCGCCAAAAACACGAGGCGAAUCCUGCGCGCCAAGUGACAGCGACCGUUGUUGCCACAUCUCCAGAGGCCUUUGAUAUUAAGGUCAAAAUGCCCCAGCUGACGGUAUAUCGAGAGGGAAUCUGUUAUCCGUUUCCUGUCGUGAAACCUGGAAUUGGAAAUCACAGCUUGCUAUAUUUGGAAGAAAAUGAGCACUAAAAUGAAAAGACUUGAAGACACCUGGACGCAUGGAAGACAACUGAG